AUACAACCCACCCACCAUGGUCGUGAAAAUCAGAUUAGCACGUUUCGGACGACGAAAAGCUCCAUUCUACAAUAUCGUCGUGGCACAGGCUCGGUACGUCAAUAUCCCGGGUGGCGCGUCAAGGAGUCAGGGCGCAAGAGAAGGAUCUUGAAGAACGAGAGCUAAAGCUAAUGAUAUACAACACAGAACAGCGAGGAAUAGCAAGCCAAUCGAGGUUCUGGGUACAUCUCCCCUCCUUUCCCUUUCCCCCCAUCCCCAUCGUUCCUCCUCGAAACCCAAGAGUCCGGGAUCGAUCCGCCAUCCGCGAUGAAUACACAUGUAUAAAAAGAGCAGUACUUACAAAAAAACAGGCACCUACGACCCCAUCCCCAAAGCCCCCAUUGACGGCGAAGGCAAGCCUUUUAAGGAUAUCAAACUCGACUCGGCGCGCGCGAAGUACUGGUUGGGAGUUGGUGCUCAACCAAGUGAUCCGGCGUGGAGGCUGUUGUCGAUGGUGUGUACUGCCUUCUUUCCACCCGAUUUUGCCUUUUACAUUCAAAGACCCCCGAGGAAGUGGAGAGGAUGGAGAUGGGAGAGGGAGAGAAGGAAGGAUUGUUAACGAGAUACAGGCUGGUCUCCUCCCGCCGAAAUACACGCCCAAACCCCCAUCGUCACCUGUAGCAGGAGAAACAGACGCAGAUACAAUGAAGGAGCAAUUUCCUAGCGAAGAAUUGAGUCGGAGCUGAGGAGAUGGAUUUUAUGAAAAAGACAGAGAGGUCAGGGCAAGCGAGAUGGGAGGAGGCAAUGUUGCAUAACCCUGGCGUUAUUCCGCGAUUUCCACAGUGAAGGGUAUAUCGCACCAAAUACAGUAAACACAAUUGGCCAGGUGGGACGACCAGGAGAUGAGGAGAG